AUGUUGGCGGAUGCGACGCUUGCCCUUUCGUUUCCUACAUGGCCCGUGCGCUCUACCGUACAUGAUUACCCGCAUCCUCCAGCUACGUAUGCUGCUACUAAAUCCCCAGACUAUUACACCCCUUCCUCUCGGUUGCCAUGGCUCUGGAAGGGCUUUCCGAUGCACAUGCGAUCUUGCUUGCAACAAAUCUAUGUGCAAGUGGUGAUAUACACAACCUCCCCGCCUUGCAAGCGCAAUACCCCCCACUGUUUCCCGAUUGAACGCCUCCUACGCAUCAUCUUGACAUUCCUACCCGAAAGUACAGAACCCUCGGAAUAUGUUGGAGUGCUGCAAGAGCUGAAUGGUACGGCUGGGGCCGUAUCCCAAGACCGAGAAAUCGAUACUUCUGCUGUCAAAUAUAUCUCUGAAGAAGAGGCAAGAAGGCGUGUGCGGAAGCUCCGUUUACGACCUCUAAAGCAGGACGGGGAAGACGAGGAGGAAAAGAAAUUGUCAGAUCCGUUGACUCUGUUUCUUAUUCAUCGUGCAAAUUUGAUUGACACAGAAACCUCUCUCCAACCGCUUAUUCUAAAUCUCGUCCUUCCCUUCUACGAACAACAGCCGUUUAUUCGGACAUGGCUCAUCUCUAGCUUGCUCCCAGCGCUUCGACUCAAUUAUGAAUACUACCCGAACCGCGAAGAGAUCAUAUCAUUGGAUACACUGGAGUUAAUGGAUGAUCGGACUGCUGUCAAUGUUUUGCUGUCUAUGUCUGAUCCCGAAAAAGACAACAUGGAUCUGGUUACCAACCUGCGGGGACUUAUUGGCCCCUGGCUUUAUGGAAGCAGUCGAGCAAAGCGGCGAAGAUUGAAUGAAGCAGCCGAACAGACCUCAAUCUCCUUCUUUGAGGGACAAUCAAAACCCAAAGCUGCUGAUCUUGUUGGAUGGGAGCACGUGAACGAAUGGUUAUUAUCACGUAGCAUGGUGGACUACAAUAGUGUAGUCAAUGCUUUCGUCAAUUGGGCUGGACCCGGCGAUGUUGAUUUGGGCGGGUACGGCGACAAAGAAGGACAUUCAUCACGUUCAUCAUCAGAAAGCGCGAAACAAUUACUCGAUCGGUAUGGUCAGUCUGGUUUAUCGGUGGUCUAUGCCCAGCCAGACUCAUCUCAUACCUUGCUUGAAGGAUCAUUUAAGAUUCUGUCGCGGGUCGCCGAGCUUCUUGGCCUUGAAGAAUGCUCAUAUCUGUCUUCAAAUGAUAUUCUUCCGUCCGUGGAUUUUGAUACAGAAUUGAUAUCUUCGAGUUCCCGGGCUUCAUUACUGCAAAACGCGCUCAUGUCGCGGCGGAAUCCAUUGACCAUCCCAUCGCCCUCUUCGAUAUCCUUUGCCAGUGCACUGCUCCUAUCACUUCGUGUAUUGACCGGUCUUGGACAUAUCAUUUCUUGCAGAGUGGCAGCAAAUAUCUGCCUUCACAGUACCCAAGAGAUACAGUUGGCGGAGCUGCAAAGCGUUGUAGCAUCGAUGGUGAAGCAACCAAAGUCAUAUCAAGAUUGGCAAAAAGUUCGCCAGGAUCUACUCUGGCUUCGAGACUGGCAAGCUGAGAAAUCUGAUAAUGGCUGGGAAGAGCCAUCUACUCAUCACGGCCUAUUCUGGCAAAUAUCACGCGACGCAGUUGAAACGGAAAUUUUGAAAGCGCUUCUUGGGGCGAAAGAAUAUCAAUUAGCUGUGGAUCUAUAUACUCAGUCUGAGUCGGCGCCACUUAGUCGCACUCAGGUGGAAGCUGCUGUGGUAGAAGCCAUCUUCACUGCAUACGAUAAUGCAAGUAACGGUAACCGGACUCGAGGAGGAAUGAAGAGAGCCUUUGAUAUCUUGCAAGCGUUCCAGCCGCAUUUCCCCGAUUCCACUCCAUUGAAGGAGAUCCGCGCUCUCAUUGCAGCAACUCAUGCUCUGUCAUUCUAUGCAUUAACCUUACAACACGGGGUUCCAUUCCAGCCAGUCAGCAUUCGUGUUCAUCAUGACCCCAUCUCACUAGUUGAGAAAGUCCUCGAUCAAAAUCUCAAAGGCUACACAAAGCUAGACGACCUAAUCUCCAUUGGCCACAAUCUUGUUUCCGCAGGAUUACCCACCACGAUCGACCCAUCCUCCACCGAAUCAAAUGAUGAAAGCCAAGUCUCCAAUAAUGAUGCUCUCCUCACAGCCGAGCGCCGUAUCACCUCUCUCGCCAUCUCUUCUGCCCUAACCUCCAACGACUUCGGUACAGCCUACUCCUACAUCCUGACACGUCUCGCACCUAAAUCAAACUCCUCAUCCACCUCUCAACUCCUCACAAAUCCCCCCUCAACACCAGACGAUAUAUCUUGGCGCGCCGUAAUGGAACUUCUUUCUCUAGCCCUAGUGUUAGCUCCAACACCAGACCCCCUCCCUGAAAUCCUCGGUGCUUGGCGCCGUUGCGAUGAAGAACUCUCAUCCCUUCGCGCCCGCGAACAAAGCGAAGAAGAUGCCUGGGACGCAAAAGCAGACCAUCUUUCCACUGUUCCAGGUGGCUUUGGACCAUCAGAUUCCGAGCGCGAUGCCUUCGACACGGCACAGCAACGCGCAGCGAGACGUGCUCGAGCCCGUGCUGCUAUGCCGCAUUCGCAUGGUCAUGAGGCGCCGAUGGGAUUAUUUGAGGUUGCUAGAGGAGCAGCGAUGGCGUUACAUAAGAAUGCUUUUCCGUUGCGGGGAGCUGCUUCUGGAGUUUCUUCUGCUUCUGCGAAUGUCUCUGCUUCUGCUAGACAAGGCGAGAGUGAGGAGUAUGAGCAGGGUGAGGGACGAGUGCGGAAGAGAGAUAUGGUUAGUAAUAUGGUAACUGGAGGAUUGGCGAGUGGAAUUGGGUGGGUUUUGGGUGCUGAGCCUGUGAAUCGGUAG